AUGUUGCUCCCUUUUGCGCUGUCCUGCCUGGCCAUUUUCGGCAGCACGACCGCGCAACGCACCAUCCAGUGGUCUUUCGUGCAGAAUGGAACCUCUGGCAUCAUUCCAGUCGAGCUCAUCACCAUUUCGCCCACUCUCAUGUUGAUGUACGACCGCGCGGAUGGUAACCCUCUGCUUUUGCCCAACGGAGAACGCGCAUGGGCCGCGUUGUGGAACAUCGAGACUCAGACGGCCACACCUUUGCUUAGCCAGACAGACACAUUCUGCGCUGGCGGGGCCUUUAUCUCAAAUGGCACUCUUCUCCACCCCCGGGGGGAUGGUCGUAUGGGCAUUCGUCUCUUUGGACCUUGCACCUCUCCAACGGGAGCCGGUUGCACGGUAUUUGAAGACCCGGCCAAUAUUCAUCUUAAGGUUUUAAGAUGGUAUCCUACAGGCCUACGGAUUCCCGAUGGCAGUCUUAUGAUUAUCGGAGGCAGCAAUUUCAACACCUUCUAUAAUGACGCCCCAACUGCGGUCAACUCGAUCGAGUUUUUUCCGAGCAAAGAGGACACUGUGAGGCCCAGUCAGUUCCUGCUCGAUGCCCAGCCCGUCAACAUGUUCCCAAGAUCGGUUGUGCUCCCAUCUGGCCACGUCUUUAUUGCGGCCAACAACAUUUCUAUGCUCUACGAUGUAGAGUCCAACACCGAGUUGGCUCGCCUGCCUGAGAUCCCGAAUGGCGUCAGAAUCGCCAAUCCCUUCGACGGCUCGCUUCAGUUGCUGCCACUUACGCCUCCGCUUUACGAACCAACCGUUCUAGUGUGUGGUGGUAGCGCAACGGACGACCGUAGACCCGCCAGCAAUCUCACCAAUCUCGACCCGACGACCAAACAAUGCUCACGCAUGACUCUAACCCCAGCUGGAAUAGCGCGGGGGUGGCAGGUCGAGCUGAUGCCCGACCAACGAAUUCUGACCGAAAGCGUGCUGCUCCCAAACGGUGAUGUCAUUUUCAUCAACGGAGGGCACACGGGGUAUUCUGGUUACCCGACCGUUAGCAAUGCAAAUGCGACGCUGUCCAAUGCGGCGAACCCUGCGUUGCGCCCUAUACUCUACAGAACGAGCCUUGCCACAAACAGGAUUACCCAGGAGGGUCUACCGUCCAGCAAUAUUCCGAGGAUGUACCACUCAGUCGCAAGUAUCACUGGGAAAGGGAAUAUAAUGGUCGCCGGAUCGAAUCCCAACCCAGCAGUUAUUCCUCCAGGGACCAUUCCAUUCCCCACAGAAUUCAGAGUCGAGUAUUUGAACCCGGACUUCAUCACGAACAACGCGCCGCGGCCAGUCAUCCAGAGCGCGCCAACACACCUCUUGUUCAACCAGCGCGCAACGAUGAAGGUCACCAUCCCGCGAAGUCUGUUGUCGAAUACCCUGCAAGUUUCUCUGAUGGACCUGGGCUACGUGACGCAUGCUCAACACGCUAAUUCGCGCCUUGUUGUCCUCGAACAUACCCUUGUUGGCAAUACUCUGACCAUAACCGGCCCUCCUAAUGCGAACAUCUUCCCGCCUGCGCCUGCGUGGCUCUUCCUUGUUGCAGAUGGAGUCUGGAGUGAAGGGCUUCAGCUGAUGGUCGGCGAUGGCGGCAAUCCACCUCGACCGGCCAGUGCGCAGGGAAUCAAGAUUCCAACGAACAGCAUUUGA